AUGCCAAAGGCACAGGCUGGAAAGGAGCCUGGGCAGUCCUCAUUUCAGACUGAACUUGCGGCGCAAUUUAUCGGCCAAGUCGUGGCUUAUGAGGCGCAGGUUGAAUCCACCAUCUUCUAUGACUCCACAUCGGCAGCCAGUGUUGCGCAAGGUCGUGCCAAUACGACAUCAGAUUCUCCGCUCGUGCCAGCAGUCGCUACCAUACACACCAUCCUUCAGAACCGGGCAUGUCGACACCAUCAGGUACAUGUUCGGGGUCAUAAGGGCAAUCUAGGGAACGAGCUUGCUGAUUCGCUUGCCAAAGCCUACUUGCAUCACGAUGAGGGUACUCUUCAGCAGGGUGAGGCUGCCCUUUUCCAAGCUACCCUAUCGCCCGAAUUUGCCUGGCUAUGGCUGCCGGAAGUUCCACAGGACAUUGCGUGGCCGACACAGAAUGUAGAUGGCAUUACGACACCUUGCCAAAGCUUGCCCCUCCGUGUCCCAGUUGAAUCGCCAGCUCAAUGGGCCCCCUCCCAGCCUGGGAACGCAGAGGACAAUUGUUUCACUGUAGACCUCCAGUGUGCCACAUAUAACACGCUUUCUUCCCGCACAGCCCUGCAGCGACAAUGCCUGCACCACUUCAUGCGGGCUCAUCACAUAGGAGUGCUAGGGUUACAGGAGACCCGCCAUGACUGUGAACCUGUUGAAAGACAGGCCGGCAUGUGGAGGUUCUCCAGCAAGCCAGACCUGGGCCAAUUUGGCUGCCAGUUGUGGCUAGACACCCGACGGCCGUUGGGUCAAACAGCCGAUGGUAGGCCCAUCCAUUGGCAACCGCAAACAUGCUCGAUCAGGUUUCAGCACCCACGACUCUUGCUUGUGUCCGGACACAUAGGCUCGGUGCCGUGCCUCUUUAUAGUUGGUCAUGCCCCAACUGCAAUCAGCCCGAUGUCGGAAAUCACCAGUUGGUGGAAGAUGUUGCGAGAACAAACCGAUCGACACCUGCAAGGCAGAAUACCCUUGGCAUUCCUUGACGCAAAUGCGAAGUUCGUGUAUCAGGUCGGAGAAGAGCAGCCUCUGGAUGCCAAUGCAGAAGCCCUGCAAUCCUUUGCACGCGACCUGGAGCUUGCCCGCACAGCCAGCCAUCAACAUGGCAAACCGGUGCACACCUGGACUGCGCCCAAUGGGGCGAAGAAUUGCAUCGACUACCUCCUUUGGCCACGAGCGUGGGCCUCAUGCCUGCAGGCCCAGCAUACCACAUGGGUCGACGAUGCACAUGCCGACUACGACCAUCGCCUGCUCCAUAUCCGACUCCACAUGACUCUUGAGGGAUCAAUCCCCAAGCAACCCUGGCGGCUUGACAUUGAGGCCAUGCAUACCCCGGCCGGACAAGCUGCUAUUGCCGACAUCUGGCGGGCGCUUCCCCAAAUGCCCUGGGAGAUGCACAUUGAUGAUCAUGUCCUCGCCAUCAAUACUUACCUUCAGGGGCAGCUCGCGCACACCUUUGCCAAGCCGGCCGAUGCACCCAGGUCGCCCACUAUUUCCGGGACGACUUGGGCACUUCUCCAUGCACGCAGAGGGUGUCGCAGGGCACAGCGCUACAGGCGUCAGGCCCUGGCCAAAUUGACCUUGUAUUCGUUUUGGGUAGCCUGGCGUCAGGCCUCUAGACAUGGUGACAAUUUACGACUAAACGGGCAGGUGACACAUUUUAAGCUCAAAGGCCUUCGCAUGCAACUUGCUCUCCACGCCAGGGACAUGCGACACUAUGCGGCCCGCAUUCGCGACAGCCACAAGGCCGAUGAAGCCGCCUUUGCCAGGUACAUGUUCCAGGAAGCCAGGGCAAAAGGGCCCCACGAACUUGCCCGACUGAUCCGAGCCAUCUUGCGCACCGGGCGUAAGUAUAAGGCCCCUAGGGCAGCCCCAUGCAUAGAAGUUGAUGGUACCCCUACCUCAGACCCGGUCCUUGUCGCACAGGCCUUCGGUAGGCACUUUGCCAAAGCCGAAUGUGCAACUGCCCAGCCGCUGAAAGAGCUGCAGCAGCAGCAGCAGCAUGUCCCCCCGACGGCGACUGAACCAGUUGACCUUCUUGAGGUACCGCACCUCUCAUGUCUGGCUCAAGCAUUCGCGACCGCAGCCAACCGGAGAGCGCCGGGGCUCUCAGGGCUCCCGCCAGACUUCUACAGUGCACAGCCACUUGCUGCGGCUAGGGCCCAUAUGCCCGUCAUCUUGAAAAUGCUCAGCCGGGGGCAGGCGCCGACCUUAUGGACGGGGAAUCUCUCCAUAUGUAUGCCCAAGCCAGCCAAAGACCACACCUCGGUUGAUGGCUAUAGGGCCAUCGCCAUGGUUGAGGUUGCUUCCAAGGCCACCACCAAAGCCCUACGACCAUUCCUCACCAAAGCAGUUGCCGCCCUUUCCCUACCAGGUACCGGGGGAACUAUGCCAGGAGCGCCAAUGACUCUUGCAGCAAUGACUGUUCAAAGUCACCUGCAGUUUCUUCGCAAACAAAAGCUUUGCGGCGCCGUCAUCUUUGUUGACGGGGCCAAUGCUUUUUACGCAGUCGUCAGAGACUACGUCUUGGACAGCAAAGCUGAUUCUUUCCAACAAUGGCUGUCGCACCUUCCAGUCCCAGACCGGAUUCGCCGAAGACUGCAACGCCGAUUCUCCCAAGGCAACCUGCUGGAAGAAGCGGGAUUGACGCAGGCCCAACAGGACCUUGUACAACAGUUCCUGCGCAGGACAUGGUACACCACCCAUGUGGACGGGCGGCAAAUCUUCAGCACUCAGGCUGGAACAGCGCCGGGCUCUCCGGUUGCAGACGCUAUCUUCCAAGUGAUCUUUGCGUCAGCACUUCGGGAGCUCCAUCAAGACCUCACUGAAAUCGGAGCCACCGAUUGCAUAGAGGUCUCGGGAGCAGGUUGCCAAGCGGCAGACAUGCCAACAUGGAUGGACGAUAUGGCGGUCCUUCUCACAUGUCCGGCAGAAAAAUUGGAGCUACAACUUUCCCAGGCUACAGCGCUUGUUCAGGCCCAUUUGCGUGCUAUUGGCAUCUCGGUCAACUUCGGCAGAGGUAAGUUUGAGGUCCUGUUGGCUGUACAUGGGAAGGGUUCCCAGGCCCUUCGACAGCGCCUUCUCAUCGAGCAAGCCGCCCGCAUCCAAGUGGGAGACACCUCACAGACCAUUGAGUGUGUCGCAAGCUAUGUGCACCUCGGCACGCUUCGUCAGGCAACUGGAUCCGACUGGGAUGACCUGGCCAGGAGAAAGUACCAGACGGACGGGGUCUUUGCCAAAGUCCGGGGCCGCUUACUCAACAACCCCCACCUGAGCUGGCAAGAAAAGGUGCACAUGCUUGGUAGUUUGAUCAUGCGGAAGUUCUUACAUGGGGCGGGGACAUGGGUACUACGCACAAAAGGUGAACUUGCUAGGUACCGGGCAUAUUACAUGGCAUAUGUCCGAGGGGCCACCUGGCCACUCUGCGGCCAUAGUAGUAAGUUCCUAGAUGACGAUGCCAUCUGUGCCCUCAAUGGGAUCCUCCGACCGGAUCAAGCCCUUGCCAUCGAGCGCGCAAGAACCUUAUGGCAGGUGGCCAAUGGCCGCUCUGCCUAUCUUCGAGCCUCCAUUGUGCGGGCCGGGAUAUGGUUGGAAAAGGCGGCGCAUGACAUGGACACCAUUUUGCAAGCGCUGCAACUGCCUCGCCUGCCAGCUCUACCCCAGGACACCUCCGCAGCAGAAACCUGGUUCGCCACCAUGCAACGAGAUCCGGCUGAUGCUGCCAAUGUCUUACGCAGGGUUGCCAAGUUGUGGCUCCGAGCCGCUUGCGAAGCAGCAGAACCUGCUCGACGCAAAGUGGCUGCACUAGGCCAGAUGCAGGCAGCACGGGUCACUGUGCUGUACCUGUACCACACGCAGAGUGGUAACCACGAAGCGCUGCACGCCUGCCCUGACUGUGGUAGGCUUGUGGGCUUCAAUUCUGGCUACAACGCAGACUUCGCGAGCACUUGCGCCAUCAUGCCCAAUGCAGAGCCACCUACCUUGCAGCCGACAUAG